AUGAGUUUCUUGGAUGCCUUCCAAGGGUAUCACCAAAUACCGCUAGCCGUCGAUGAUCAGGAAAAGACUGCUUUUGUAACCCCGAUUGGGAACUACCAUUACAAAGUGAUGCCCUUCGGCUUGAAAAACGCUGGAUCUACCUACCAACGCAUGAUAAUGAAAAUGUUCGAACUGCAACUGGGUAGAAGUAUUGAAGUUUAUAUCGAUGAUAUGGUUGUGAAAAGCAAAGUGGCAUCCGAACAUGUGGAAGAUCUCACGAGUAUCUUCGGGAUACUGAGAAAACAUAAGUUACGCUUGAAUGCUUCGAAGUGCUCCUUUGGUGUAGGUUCCGGGAAGUUCUUGGGAUACAUGGUGACCCAUAGAGGAAUUGAGGUGAACCAAGACCAGAUUAAGGCCAUUAAUGAUUUGCAAGCACCUCGGAAUCCAAAAGAAGUGCAUAAAUUGACUGGAAUGACUGCUACGUUGAACCGAUUCAUCUCCAGGUCAGCUGAGAGGUGUCGUCCUUUUUUUCGUCUGUUGCAUAAGUGGCAAGGAUUUGAAUGGACCGAUGAGUGUGCUGUAGCGUUCCAGCAGUUAAAAGAAUACCUGUCCAGGCCACCUAUCAUGUCUAGCCCUGAGGUGGAUGAGAUGUUGUUUACUUAUCUAACGGUUGCCCCUCAUGCAGCCCAUACCGUGGUUAUCUUGACCCAACUGCCUCUUAAGUCCAUACUCAGAAGUGCUGACUACACUGGAAGAAUUGCUAAGUGGGGCACGAUUUUGGGUGCUUUCGAUAUCAAGUACAUGCCUCGCACCUCUGUGAAAGGUCAAGUCCUUGCCGAUCUAGUGGCUAAGUUCGCCGAAUGCCCGAAAGAAGUUAAUGUGAAUCAAGGUCACAUGGAUGAAAAAUCGGUUGGCCUAAUAUCCACACAAGGUGGGUCCUUUUGGAGGGUGUACAUGGAUGGGGCCGCAAACCAACGGGGAGCAGGAUUGGGAUUGGUGUUGAUAUCCCCCAAGGAGGUCAUCAUCGAGAAGUCGUUAAGAUUAGGGUUCUCGGCUACUAACAACGAAUCAGAAUACGAAGCUUUGAUAAUGGGGAUGAGUAUGGUCCGAAAAAUGGGUGGAAAGGUAGUGAAAUUAUUCUCAGACUCGAGAUUGGUAGUCGGCCAGGUGAGAGGAAAGCUGGAGGCCCGAGACCCAAGGAUGCAAGGGUAUCUAGACCAGGUUAGGCGUAUGCAAACAGAGUUUGAGUCUUUCGACUUAUUGCAUAUUCCUCGAGGUGAAAAUACACACGCUGAUUCUUUGGCAACCCUUGCCACCUCCUCAGUACGAAAUUUUCCUCGGGUGAUCAUCGUUGAAGACCUGUGUACCCCCACCUCACCAGAAAAGGAUGUUUUCCAAAUCAAUCAAACCAGUCUGUCACCAAACUGGAUGGAUCCCAUAUUAAAAUUUCUUGAAAGUGACAUAUUGCCCGAAGAUAAGGUGGAAGCUGAGAAAAUACGAAGGAAAGCUCAUUGGUAUUGGCUAUCUGAAGAUAAAAAGUUGUACAAACGGUCCUUCUCUGGGCCAUACCUGCUCUGUGUGCCUCCUGAGACUGCAGAAUCAAUCUUGGAAGAAUUGCAUGAGGGCAUUUGUGGAAGCCAUACAGGAGGAAGGUCUCUAUCAUGUCAAGCCAUCACACAAGGAUAUUGA